AUGAGAAGCCUGGUGAGAUGGCUGUCCCUGGUCCUCUGUCUAUAUGGGCUGAAAUCAGACUUGAUUGUCCAUAUCUCUCCUCCAUUCCCCGUGUAUAAAAACUAUUCCUGUAUCUUUCCAUUUGUGUAUGAUGACAUUAUCUACCACAACUGCAUCUCUGUCCGCAGUGACUAUGCCUGGUGCUCUAUCGAUGAGAUAUUCCAAGGUAGAUGGCGGUAUUGCACUGCAGAAGAUCCCCCAAGCUGCACCUUCCCUUUCUUGUACAGAAAUAAAUACUUUUAUAAAUGCACCAAGGAAGGCUAUGUUUUGAGUCGGAGUUGGUGUUCAUUGACAGGAGAUUAUAACAAAGAUGGAAAAUGGAAACAAUGCUCUCCUUACCAGUAA